AUGUGUAAUAUAAACCAGCCGAGUGCGAGAUUACUUUUGUAUAUGAUUUCAUCAGCGAAUUGCCACAGUGAAGCUAUUAAAAAUGAAGAAGAAUGUAAAAUAGCAGAUUUAUGUGUCCACGACAAAGUACCGAUGUGUGGGAUAGAUUCGUGUGGCGAAAUGAGGACUUUUAUUGACACUUGUGAUAUGCAUGAGUUCAACUGUGACAGUAAGAAAGAUUUCAAAAAUCGACCGAUUCACGAAUGUUGGGUGACUUGCAAAAGAGGACGUUCAUUCAAAAAGCCGGAAUAUAGAACUGACUGCAACAUCAACAUCAAAAAUAAUAGAGUUUAA